UUCACAACAUCCGGUCUCGUGUAAAAAAUAUUUUCACCGUGCUGUUUUCAGUUUUUUUAGUAUCACAUAAGAGGACAGGAUUAAAAAUGAGUGACAGACAGAGCAAUAAGCUACCCAACAACCUACCACAGCUGCAAAAUCUGAUAAAACGAGAUGCGGAAUCAUACAAAGAUGAGUUCAUGCAGCAGCUUCGACAUUACCAGUCAAAUAUGCAGAUAUUUAUGUUGAAGCCAACAGAAUAUUCCCAUACAUUGGCAGAACUAGUAACUUUCCUUGCUCAGGUGUCACACUGUUAUGCUAAGGAACUUGCAGAUUUCCCCCAGCAGUUAAGGGAGGUGUUACAGCGUCAUUCUACUGUACUUGAUCCAGGGUUACGCAUGAAUCUUGUGAAAGCACUGAUGCUUUUACGCAACAAAGGUCUGAUUCCCGCAACAACUAUUCUUGAGCAGUUUUUCGGUUUGUUUCGCUGUAAAGACAAACUAUUGAGAAAGACGUUAUACAGCUACAUCAUACAAGACAUCAAAAAUACUAAUGCUAAGCAUAAAAAUGCAAAGCUUAAUACACAACUGCAGAACUUCAUGUACACAAUGUUACAAGAUAAUGAUGCCACUGCUGCUAAAACAUCACUGGAUGUCAUGGUAGAGCUCUACAGAAGGGAAGUCUGGCAUGAUGCCAAGACAGUCAAUGUCAUCACAACUGCCUGCUUCUCCAAGGUGACCAAGAUUUUGGUAGCUGCAAUAAAGUUCUUCCUUGGAAGUGAUGUCAUGGAAGAAGACGACAGUGAUGAUGAGGAUGAUGAACCUCAGAAGACUUCCAAGGAGAUCAUGUUGGGACACAGGGUCGGCAAGAAAUCAAAUAAAAGAAAGAAGAAGAUGGAGAGAGCUCUUCAAAUGUUAAAGAAAACAAAGAAAAAGAAGAAAAAGGCGCCAUCUUUUAAUUUCUCUGCUAUUCAUCUAAUCCACGACCCUCAAAGUUUCGCAGAGAGACUGUUGAAACAGCUAGAAGCAACUAAUGAAAGAUUUGAAGUCAAGAUUAUGAUGAUCAACCUAAUCUCAAGGCUUGUUGGAAUACAUGAGUUGUUCCUGUUUAACUUUUACCCUUUCCUCCAGAGAUUUCUACAACCCCACCAGAGAGAGGUGACCCGUAUUCUGACCUACUCUGCCCAGGCAAGUCAUGAACUGGUCCCUCCUGAGAUAAUAAAUGGUGUAGUGAUGUCAAUAGCAAAUAACUUUAUCACAGAGAGAAACUCAGGGGAGGUGAUGGCAGUAGGAAUUAAUGCAGUUAGAGAAAUAUGUAAUAGAUGCCCUCUAGCCAUGAGUGAAGAGCUGCUUCAAGAUCUUGCCCAAUAUAAAAGUCACAGGGAAAAAAGUGUACAUAUGGCAGCAAGGUCUCUCAUACAACUCUUCAGAGAGAAAAACCCAACUCUACUACACAAGAAAGAUCAGGGUAAGCCUACGGAGGCUAGCAAGGAGUUCCAGGCUAAAGAUUACGGUGAAGUGAAUGCUAAAGAUUAUAUCCCUGGUGCUGAAGUACUGAAGACAAAUGAGGAGAAGGACCAAGAGCCUGAAGAUGAUGGUUGGGAAUCUUGUAGUGAGGAUUCCGAUGACAGCGAUGAUGGAAGUUGGAUUGAUGUUUCUCACUCUGAGGAUGAGUUGGACGAGAAUGCAGUUGACCCAUGUGAGGGUAUGGCGCCAGAGGAAAAGAUCAGUAAAGCUCGGGAGAUAGUGGAAUCGCGUAUCCUCUCACAGGAUGAGUUUCAGAAAGUCUCCGCAGCUCAGUUAUCAAAACAGAUGCAGGAUUCAAAGUUCAGACAUGGGAAGGGCAGUAAAAGGAAGUCUGAUGUAAUAGAUAUAGAUGCAAAACCUAAGUCAAGUGGAGAGAUUGUAUCACUAGAUGAUAUUGAGAGAGUGCAUAAGAAGAGGAAGCAUGACAAAGAAUCAAGGCUAGAAACAGUUAUGGCUGGUAGAGAUGACACUGUGAAGUUUGGAGCGAGGUAUAAACGAGAGGAUAUCGGGCAAACAAAUCGGGAAAAACGGAAGAACAAACCGUUCGAAAUGGUGAAGCAUAAAGUGAGAAAGACAAAGAAUCAUAGAUCGUAUCAGGAUAAACAGAUGGCAUUGAAGAGGUCCUUGUUAAAAAAGCAGAAACAUGGCAAAUAGAGACAUGUGGCGAAUAGAAACUAUUCAAUGGAAAAUAGAGACUGCAUCAUGGCACAUAGAAACUUCUUUUAUCAAAGGAAUAUAGUUGAAUGGAAAUAUGGACUUUUUCUCUAAUUAUAACAAAUAUGACAUUUUUAUUAGAAUAUGAAUCAUGGUUACAUCAUGUCUACAGUUGAAUGACUGCUGAAGUGAACACCCAACUGAAAAAUAAAUACUUCAAAGUACCAACAUUUUCUAGCUCCAUUUGGGAAUGAAUGUCCUAUUUACGCUCAUGUUGGACUUUUUAGUAAGCGACCUCUCAAAGAACACGUUUUUUAAUUCGACUAUGAAAUGUAUAUUUAUUUUGACAAAUCAAAUAUAUAUACUGUAUAAUAAAGUCAAUAUUGAU